CAAGGAUGAAGAGGAAAAGAAAAUCUGCUGCUUGUGACACCCAAAUCCAAAUAGGCAACAUGGAUGAUCAAAUUCAAGAAAAGGGUCCCCUUAUCAGAGAUCUUCCGAAGCCCGUCUUUUGGAAUAUUUUACUAAAGUUACCAACCAGGAGCAUUCUCAUUUGCAAAUGUGUUUGCAAGACUUGGUGUGCUCGAAUUUCAGACCCUGAAUUUGCUAAGCUGCACUUUGCACACGCAGAGCCCUGUCCUCUGCUGUCGCUCCUCGGUCCAACUCCAACUCGUGUGCCAAGAACCCUUUACUUGGUUGAGCCCGAAGAUCGCUCUGGGUUUGAUUUGAAGGAUUGUGCCUGUGCUGCUACUGGCAAUGCUUGUGACCAGUCUCAUGUCCACAUGAAGCUUACCAAGUACAAGAUCCCAUUGCGCAACGCUGAGGAGGUCAUCAAUAACAACAGUGAUAACGGCAAUGUGAUGCCUAAUGGGAACCGCGGCACCAAAAGGAAGACUUGCAUCAGGAUACCGCCACAUCAUCACAAGUACAAUGUGGUGAAUUCGUGUAAUGGCCUGCUUUGCUUGUCUGAGCCAGUCCACAAUGACCCUGCUGUUGUGUGCAAUCCAGUAACCGGUGAAUUUAUAAACCUUCCCAAAAGUUCUAGGCCGCAUCAGAAUAUAAGGAUUCCUGUCGAAUGUGGAUUAGGUUUCAGUUCCGAGACCAAUGAAUAUAAGGUGAUACGAAUUUUUGAAGCUGAAGCAGGCUAUUGCUUUAAGUUUGCUGAGAUACACACACUUGGAACAGGUUCAUGGAAGUCCAUUGGUGAAGUUUCUGAAACAGCGGGUAACCUAGUAUCCCCUACCUAUGCGAAAGGAGUGCUUUAUUGGUAUGAGUCUUAUGGCUAUAGAAUUCGUUCUUUGAUUUGAACACUGAAAAGUUCAAAUCAGUUCCAUCACCGCCUUUUCCGAUCAAGCAAUUUAUGUAUGUGGGCAUGGGAGUUUUGGAAGGUUGUCUUUGCUUGUGUGAUUCCUAUGGUGAUCUUAUCACUGUGUGGACACUGACAGAUUCUGGUGGAAAAUAUCGUUGGACGAAGGUGAUUGCUAUUGAUAAAGGUGAUUGUGGAAGGUGGCCAUAUGGCGUAUAUACAGCUAUGAAAUACUAUAAGAACUAUGGUUUGCUUUUGUUUCAUUCUCAAACAAAUUCCUUCUUUUACUAUCACCCAGAAAAACCAAGUUCAUAUGUUUAUCUUAAGCUUUGUGGCUUCAAGGCAAAUUUUCAAGCAAUUAGUCAUGUUCCGAGCUUUAUUUUACUCGAGGACAAUCUGGCAGGGAAGGAUGUAGAAGUAUUGAAUAUAAAUACAAGGUGUGCAGGGUUGAAACUGCAAGGAGAGACCAAAGCUCCAUCUCUGAAGGAAGAAAUUGCUGAAUUCGAAUCAGACCCUUUUUCGUCGGACAAUUACUGUUUUAGCGACGAGUGAAACGAGCAGGCACUGAUGGAGGUGAUGUGGUUUCACAGCGAGCUAAAAGAACCAUUUUGUUAAAUUAUAGUAUCGAUCGAAUCAGAAGAGCCAUUUUGUUAAAAGGGUUGUGAUGGGCUCUUAGUAGUAUUUUGCACUGUUGGACAGCAUAACCUUUGAUUCCGGUCUAACUAGUGUUGUUAUGUUUGAUGUUCCUUUCAAAUUUUUAUGAUUUUGGAUUA